AUGCAGUCACUCAUUACUCUUCUCGCUCUUCCUGCUUCCACGCUGGCUGGAUCCGUGCUGUGGAGCGGGAUCUCCGAUGCUUCCCUCACCGUCGACGAGAUUGACAAAUGGUCCUGGUCGAACCAGGUCGGUGCAUGGCAAUGGUACAUCCACGGCUCUGGCAAAACGUCCGAGUAUUUAGGCGUUUCCUCCGAAUUCAAGAACCCGGCGGCUGCCGACGCCCAGGGACUGCGGAUCACUAUUGAUGGAACCUCUUUCUGGAAUGGGCAGACCAUGGAGCGCUCCGAGCUUAUCCCGCAGACUAAGGCUGAUCUUGGCUCGGGCCACUUGUAUUAUCACUUCUCUCUUUCCACCAAGGAGACGAAUCCCCCCAACCCAUCGUUCGAGCACCAGAUUGCGUUCUUCGAAAGUCACUUUACCGAGCUGAAAUACGGCGCAUCUGGCUCUUCCGACAACACCCUGAGCUGGAAUGCGGACGGCAAAUCACAGUGGUCGGUCCAGCUGGAGGCAGGUCAAUGGUACAACUUCGCCUACGACAUUGACUUCGACGCCCAGAAGGUUGGCCUGUGGGCAUCCAACGGUUCCGAACCCUUGACUCAGGUUGUCGCACCGGUGAGUGCCUCGACCUCCUCCAACUCCGCGGACUGGCACGUCGGCCAGCUGCGUCUGCCGGGCAGCGAGUCCGACGAUGCCGCGGAAGACUGGUUCUGGUCCGGCGUCUACGUGGAGGAGGGCCCUAUUACUACGGAGAUCGGCUCGUCCAGCUCUUCUGGCUCGUCCAGCUCCGCUAGCUCAUCUAGUGCCGCCACCUCUGCGACUGCUUCGGCCUCUUCGGCCGCGCAGUCCGCUACCCCUACUGCAAGCACAACCAGCACUGCGACCAGUGCGGGCCCAACCACGGCUGCCACCACACAAAGCCCUGUUUCGACUACCGUGUCGUCGAGCGUUGCCCCCGCUACCUCGACUGCAGUCCCCACCAAGACCCCUGCAGUGGCUACACCCACCUCCUCCGCGGCUGCCUUUGCCAGCCCUACAUCUGCCGCGGAGUUCUUGACUGAUAUCCGGGCUCUUUUGAAGGUCCUCCUAUCCCGUUCAGGAUCGGGAAGCGUGCAUGCGCGCGACUUCGCCCGCCGUGAAUGA